AGAGAGGAAAGGAUAAUAUUAGGCAGAAUUGAAUCAUAAUGAUACAGGGUAGAGUUGCAACUAUCGUGUUACAACUCUAAUCCCAUAAAAGUAUCUCAGCUUUUGUCCUUUUCGUUCUUUUUGUAAUUAAUUUCUUUCCCACAAACGCAGAAAAUUUAUUUUUGCUUUCCUCGACAAUCAAACAAUUAUUUUACGAUUUUGUUGAUUGAUUUUACAUUAGGAAGAUAAUCUCAGUGAAUUCAUUCACAACAUGAAAACAUCAGAUGGUAAUAAUGACAAUUUUCCAUCUCCCCCUGGUCAAUUAUCACCAUUACAAAUUCCAAAACUUGAAUCUUCUUCAAUUCAAGGACAACUUAAUUCUCCACCACGACCACCGGCUCCGCCAAUUGAUGGACUUCCUUCACCAUUAUUAUCGCCAUCAUCGUCACGAAAUUCCAUGCAUAAGUCACAUUUAUUGUCACCAACAACAAUAACAACGACAACAACUACGCUCCAUUCAGUGCCAUCAUCACCAAAUAUUCCCGUUCAUGGACCUCACUCGCCAGCGCAAUUAUCAUCGUCGUCACGGAUGCCAAUGCCUGGAUCUCCAUCAUUACCACCAUGUAAAACACCGUUAUGUCACCAAUCUUCCAUGAUGCAACCACCUCCAUAUGGUUACCCACCCCAACGGAUGCCACCACCAUUUCCAUAUUUUUCUUCCCCCUUUCCUCAUGACCAAUUUCAUCCAUUUUAUUUGCCAACGUCCCCCGGAAAUAAUAAUGUCUUUAAUGGUCAAGUUUACAGUCAGCCCUGGUCCACAGGCCUUUUUGAUUGUUUUCAAGACCUCAAGAACUGUUUUAUUACAUGUUUAUGUCCCUGCGUUACUUUUGGGCAAGUGGAUGAGAUUGUAUCUGAAGGGCAAAUGGUUUGGUGGGAAAGUGCACUGAUGUUUGGAAUACUGGAAUCGGUUUGCUUCAGUCAAGCAUCAUGCGUUAUUGCAUGGUAUCAUCGUGCGCAAUUCAGGAAAAAAUACAAUUUGAUUGGUAAUCUCCUUAGUGAAUUUUUAAUUACUCUCUGUUGCACGAGAUUGGUCCUCUGUCAGAAUUACCGACAGCUUAACAAACUCGGCUAUGAUGUAGCCCUAGGAUGGAAAGCAAAUAAGAAGAAACAAAGAAGAAUAGCAAGCCAAACGGCAGCACGAUUUGUUCCACCAGUGGUUAAUCCAGGGAUGUUUAGAUGAGUAGCAGAUUAUUGGUGGAUAAUUGCUAUACCAGAAAUGAUUAUCGCAUAUCCUAAUAGUGGAGUAAUUUUUUAUAUAUAUUUUAAUUCUUUUGACAACAUUGUAAGGUGAAAAAAAAGGAGGAAUCCAAGUCGAAAACUAGUAUAUAGCGCAGUAGUAAUUAUAUAUUAUAUAUAUAUAAUAAAGCCAACAUAUAUAUGCAUUGUUUAAUUCUUAACGAAGAAUCUAUGCUAUGUACCCUAUUUUUGAGAAUUAAAAUGGAAACAUUAAGCUCCUUUUCUAGAAUAGUGAUACUAUUAUGAAGUUAGUUUCAA